AAGGGCAAUCGUGGGAACUGAACCUAAUGCUAAUGUCGACCGCCAUCUCCUGCCUCCGCAUUUUCUUUAAAGACGACAGAAAAAGAUGAUGCCCUUCCAGUGGCUCACCCAGCUGUUCUCUACCGUCCUUUCCUUCAUCAUGCCGUCCCCUGGCCCUUCCGACGACAUGUGUAUCUUUGCAACCGAGCCUCAGCGGGGGGCGACGAGCGCUACGCUCCUUCUCAGCGCCCUUAAGAACCAAAUCGGGUACCGUAAAUGUUGCUCAUCCCAUAAUGUGUCUCAGCACGAGUACCUUGUUGUGACCGUGAAGGAAUCUUCGGGAGCUAGGCGGAGCGGGUUCCUCAUGGUAGAUAGGUUGAACGAUUCACCUACAUCGAAUGCCUCACAGUCCAAUUCCUCUACCGCCUCUUCCUCGGCUACCACUGAUGAUCACUGGGAUACCCCGAACCGUCUUCAUCGCUUCGGCGCUAAAGUCAAGAAUUUCAGCAAGUGGUAUCCUAUUGAUGCAUUCGACAGAGUGGUCAUCUUGCGCAGCAUCGACGAAGCCCUGGAGGUGCAGGGUGGAUGCCCGUACCAUUGCCUUAUGACGAUGGACUUCAGGCAGGCGCAAAGACGUGUCACCCUCGAGCACUUUCUCCUCCUCCUCCAGACCACCUCGACGAACACUGUAGAGUACCACCUCAUCUUUGCGCAGUGCUACUGGUUUGCAUACACUAUUUGGAAGGUUCUUGAUUUGGAGGCAGCAUCACAUAUAACACCGACAAAGUAUGUUCCAUUACAGGGCAAGAAUCCUGAGUUGGCGCUGGGCAUGGUCCUUGGGAGAGGCGAUGAAGUGAACGAAUGGAGGGCGCCGGGGACGGUCAAGCUGCAGUGGGAAGAAGCAAAAGCUGAGUUGCGAGACGCGCUUCUUGCUCCAGAGAGGGCCCGUACACGGGCAGAGGAAGCCCUUCAGCAAGAACGGGUGGCCCGCCAACAGACAGAGGAAGCCUACCAACGGGCAGAGGUAGCCCGCCAGCAAGAACGGGCAGCUCGUCAACAGGCAGAGGCAGAGGUCAAUCAGCUUCGAGCGACGUUGGCGAAAUAUCAGUCCCCUUCUGGUAAUAGGUCCUAUACACAGUAGAUUCUUCUUGUUUCUCCUUCCUCCCCAUCGUUUUCGUUCUUCCUAUCUUUCCACCGUGCUAUGUAAUACUACCUACGCCCCCUGCUUUCACUGCUAGCUAUCUGCUUCCGAUGCUUCUGCGAUAAUGUAGUUUUAUGCCGUGUUUUUUUUUGUUUUGAUGACCGCUGCUAAAUAUGAUAAUAUUUCUUUUGAGAGUCA